AUGGUCAACAGCAUGGCUCGCCCCCACGACCCAGAGUCGACGUCUUCUUUUUCCGCGCUAACGAAGACAGCCACUUCAGAAUUAACCUCAGAAACAUCACGCAACCUGUUCGUCACCUCACCGGGUCCCUAUGGCGCUACAGUCUCGCUCAUGGAAGGUCAGCCUCCCAAAGACGACUCGUUCUCGUUCAUCUUGGAAUACAAGGCCGAGCUGAUCCCCGACCCAUGUUGUACUACUCAAGAUGCUUACCCCGAUAUCUUUGGAUUCCCACAACUGAUCUAG